CGGAUAUCGAGCGGCUACAGAACAAUGUCCACUAUGGCCGCUCAAGUAAUAGCUGGAAUACCCCCAGUCACUCUGCUCAUAGAGGAAAGGCUCCGCCUGUACAGCAGGGAUGAUGCUAAGCUUCGUACUACCAGGUUGCUGGAAAGAAGCACAACUCUGGAGAAAUGGCAGCAUGUGUGGAGCGACCACUCAGAGACGGCAAUGUGGAGCAAGACUCUGAUCCCGGACGUAAGACAGUGGGUUAGCUGUAAACAUCGAAGGCUAGACUUCUACUUGACCCAGUUUCUAUCGGGCCAUGGAUACUUUGGGGAUUACACCAAAAGAAUGGGAAUCACGGAGGGCAGCAUCUGCGGUUAUUGCGGAGAGGAGGACUCCCCGGAGCACACGAUCUUUGUGUGUCAAAGAUGGGCCGCAUGGAGGAGCAAUACAGAGUCAGUUAUCGGUGCGGAGGUCAAUAGCAGAAGCAUCACCAUACUCAUGAUGAAAAGUAAGGAGAACUGGAACACAAUACAGAGGUUCGUUCGUAAUGUGAUGAACGCAAAGCGCAGGGACGACAUUUUGCACUAGCAGAAGAAACGAGCAUAUCCGCUGCGAAUGCAUCUGAAGACAUGCCGC